AUUAUUUAAAGCUGCUCUAGGUGUGGCAGUCAGGGUUAGGUCCUGUGACCUAUCCGCCAUGCAGUGUAAUUGAUCAGGCACGGACCCGCGCUGUUUCAGCCACACUUGGACAAAUAGGGAAGUGAACCUGUGUCUUGCACAUUUCGCUGUCGCUUUGAACUGAAAAUACGAUGGCAGAGGAUAUCCAGGGAAAGUUGAAGAAUUAUAAGACGGCGCCUUUUGAUGCCAGGUUUCCCAACCAGAACCAAACCAGGAACUGCUUCCAAAAUUACCUGGACUUCCAUCGUUGUACUAAAGUACUAACUGCAAAAGGUGCUGACACCACUCCAUGUGAAUGGUUUCGCAGGGUGUACAAGUCCUUGUGCCCAAUUUCAUGGAUAAACAAAUGGAAUGAUCAGUUGGAAGAAGGCACCUUCCCUGGGAAAAUCUGACUUGUUGCAGUCUGGUUGAAGCCCCUACAAUGUUUCCAAAGCUUAACAGCUUUUACCAAAAUAAAUCAUAAAUAUUGAACGCAA